GUUGCGAAGUGGAAAGGAGCUGCAGAUUGUUGUGUUGGGAUGUGAAUAGCGGGAAGGUCUCUGGCCGUUUAGACGAUUACGCCGCAGUUAGUGUUCUAGCAUUGCGGUUAUGUGAAAACAAUAUAAAACUGAAUAAUUUCAUCACGAAGAAAGUUUCUGUGCCUAAGAAAAGGACGUCACAAGAAAAAUUCGGAGAACUUCACAGUACUGUGACCACUUAGGUUAGGUCGAGUCGAGAGGACAGUGCGUGUGUGCCUGUGUUGUGAGACAUUCCGCAAGUGGAAUGUUGAGAUAUGUGUCCUUAUGCCACAUAACACUAUGGACUGGUGAUUAUCACCAUGCUUCACCACAACCAGCAGCAGCAGCAAGGGACAGUGCCGGCGUUACGGAGCAAUCACCACAGCAACGGACACGUCAAGACAAACGGACACCUUCCCAACGGCGCUCCGACGGCUUCCCGACUCUGGAUGAACGGGUUUCCUUCACGACCUGAUGACAAGCAAUCCACAUUAUCCAGGUACUGGACAGCGGAGAGGCCUCGCGGUGUGCAGUCACAUUAUCAUGCUGUGCGUCGGAUGUGCCGUGAACGAGGUGUGCUGUUUGAGGACCGCGAAUUCCCUCCUGGCCCUCGUGUUCUGUUCCAUCAUAAGAAACCACCAGUUCACCCCAUCGUGUGGAUGAGGCCAGGGGAGAUGUGCCAGAGACCAAAGUUCAUCGCGACGGAGAGCGGUGGGGGCGGAACAGCAGCCGACGCUGGGCGUCUGGACGUCGAGGCCGGCGAAAUGGGCGAUCCAUGGCUCCUGGCCGCCAUCUCGUCGCUCACGCUCACUCCCCGCUUCCUAGAUCGUGUCGUACCGCCCGACCAGACGUUCGACCCUGCUACGUAUUGUGGGCUGUUCAGGUUCCGGUUCUGGCACUUCGGAGAGUGGAAGGACGUCCUGGUGGACGACAGGUUGCCUACGUACAGAGGCAGACUAGUGUACACUCACUGCACAAAUCCAACAGAGUUCUGGGCCGCUCUACUGGAGAAAGCCUACGCUAAGUUGUACGGAUGCUACGAGAGCCUGCAGGCGGGCUUCACCACGCGGGCGCUGCAAGACCUCACGGGUGGCAUCGUACAGAGCUUCGGACUCGGUAAUCAGGACCGCUACCUCACGUUUCAGGUGCUAAACAGUGCGGUGCCUCGCUCUAGCCUACUCGUCGCCAGCAUCAACCACGAGAAAGACAACAAGCGACAACUGCGGCUGCGCAACGGAUUAAUAACGCAGCACGCUUACAGUGUGACGGGACUCGCCAGAGUUCGCGGUCCCCUGGGAGAGACACCUCUCGUGAGGCUACGUAAUCCAUGGGGAUGCGGCGAAUGGACCGGUCCCUGGAGCGAGCGUUCCUGGGAGUGGGACGGCCUAUCCGACAGGGACAAAGAGCUUCUUAGCGUCAGGGUCAGGAACGACGGGGAAUUCUGGAUGUCUUUCGAAGACUUCGCGCGCCACUUUACUCACCUGGACCUUGUACAUGUCGGACCUGAUGACUGGAUGAGUGAGCCCGCUCUGCAUUCAAAGCAGCCCUGGCGAGCGGUGCUUGCAAGACGCAGGUGGCGUUCUGGAUAUAACGCAGGCGGUGGGCCCAGCUACACAGACACGACGGCAAUGAAUCCUCAGUUUCAUAUCCAGAUACCGCGGACGAACAGCAACAAGUGUCAUGUCGUGGUGUCCGUCACACAGUUCUACGACACUCUUCCGGAAACGCGCAAGAAGAAACCGCUGUUCGCCAUUGGCUUCGCGGUGUACGAGGUUCCCCACGCUACCGCGCGACUCACGCCCAACUUUGUAGCAGAACAGAAGCCGCUGGAUGUCACGAAUCACUCGGUGGCCCGCGAAGUGGUGACUUUCUUCACCCUUCCCCCAGGUGACUACAUCGUGGUUCCUCAGACCAACAUUCCCAACUGCGACGGCAAGUUUCUGCUGAGGAUCCUCACCGACGAACAGAGCAACAUCUGGGAAGUGAAUGAGGACAACAUGCUAUUCAGAACCAUCUCUACAGAGUUCAUGGACGAUUCAACAGCACCAAUAAUUCUGCCUGACGGGAAGUCCAUUGCCGCCAAACUACUUGUUAAAUAUCCCCCGGAAGUAGAUGCAUUGCAGUUGCAAAAAAUACUCAAAGCUCACUGGAAAGUGUACCUGUCCGAGAAGCCGAGCCUGGAACUGUGUAAAAGUCUCAUCAUGCUCAGGGACUACAAUAUCAGCGGCCGUAUCAACGUAGUGGACAUCCCAGUCCUCAUGCACAUGCUGCAAUUCUGGAGGGUCGCGUUCCACAAGUUCGACCGCGGACACUGUGGGAAGACCAGCAGCUACAACCUGCGGCUUCUGCUGUGGGAGGCGGGCGGUACUGCAAGCAACAAGGUGCUCGAGUGUCUGGUGCUCAGGUUCGCCAAGAACAAGGUGCUCACCUCGGAGUGCUUCGUCAUGGCUAUGGUGCGCCUCCACCUCGCUCAUGAACGCUACCAUAGUCUGGACACAAAAAUGAAGGGGAAUCCCCUGUCGUUAGAAGAGAUGAUCCUGAUGACUAUCUAUUCCUGACACGUGUAGACCACGUGACGUGCAAACCAAAGAAGACCUGCGCAGAAGCGCCAAGCCGGAGCCUCUAUUGUACAUACAAACAUUGUACGAAAGAUUAACUUAUCACGUAUUUAAUGUAAAAAGGUUAUUCAUGAUGGCAGAUUGGUGGACACAAGUAUAUAUUAUAAAUAUUUACAAUUUAUAUUUUUACAAAACUUGUAAACACAUGUUUAUAAAAUAAUAUUGGACCAGUCAUGAAAUGUGUAAAACCGAAUUACAUGCUGGACAAAGGUGUGGUCAUGUAUGGCUAUAUGGGAAAUUUGUAAUUAGCUCUCAGUCGAUAACUUGGACUCUGGAACAUCUGAAAAAUCCCUGAACCUCCUUUUUACGUAGGUUUUCUGUUUAGGGGAAACCGGUACUGAUUGCUACAAAACAUAUUUCUACUCCCCUUAUAUAUUUUUCUUUCAUAUUUUCGGAAUUAUGUAAGCGCGGAUCCCAUAAUAUCGUAGCCUCAAGAGUUGUAAUAUUCUAGACUCAGAUGACAUGUGGGGGUGUUUUUGGAAUGAAAAUUGGCAGGGGAAAGAAGUUUACUUUGUUACAUAAUUAAAGUACAGAAAUUAUUGCAAGUAUUGUCUGUCUAUACUUUUUAAAAUAUGUAAGUUAGUGCUAGGUUAGGUAUUGUCUGUUAUUUUCAUCAUAUCUGGCAUUUAUAGGCCUCAUUAUUCUACAAAGUUGCCUUAGAAUUCUCGAUUCCAUGAUUUAAAGAGGCCUUUUACAAAAGUUGAAAAAAAAAUGAUAGUUUUAGUAUUAGGAGAAAAUUGCUGUUUUAUUUUCUAUUCCAAUUUUCUUCGAAAUAUUUUUCGUUCCGAUAAACAAUAACAAGUUUCUGCUUAGGUAUGAGCAGAAACGCGUGUAGGCCUUCAUUUAAGCAGUUCAUUUUUUCUAUUAACUUAACAAAAAUUUCAUUGUGUCUACAAAUGCUAACAGAACUCUCAAGUGUCAUAUUUUAUUGAAAUUCCUUCAUGUCGUUUCUUGCGUACAGACUGACAGACGGGCAUAACUACUUUAAUAGACAGGAAUGAAAGCAGGGCUAAUUAAAAUAUUACAUUAUAUAACUUCAGAAAUGUUCAUAUUCCCAAAGAGUUUAUACGUAUUAACGUGAAAUCAAGAAUUCCAUUGAAAUGCUUGACCACCCCUUGUCAGCCGACACAGAACUGAGUUCCGCAAGGAACAGGUGAGAGUUACGUACAAAACAACCAAAGGAUGUCCUAAGCUGAACACACUGCGCCUUAGAGCCGCGUCAUUGCUCCUGCAUCUAGACUGCCCUUCGCUGCUUGUUCUGUUUCGAGCUUAUAUCAAAACUUGUCCACGUUUCCUGCUUAAAUUAAAUCUCGUGAACUCUUACCUCUAUGAACAACGUUCACUGUUACAUGAAAAUACUUGUUUGAAAAAAGUAAUGUAGUAAUGCUUUAUUUAAAAAAAAAACUUCUAUUUGUCUUUUGUCUAAAAUAAUCAAAUAUGUUGCCCAAGCACACGAGACAAAGACAGUCCAGGCCUAUAUAACCCCUUGAGGCAUGAAUUCAACUGAAUAAUAUUUAACAAUUAAUAAGCUACACCAUACAAAUGCUAUGUCUCCAUUCGAAAUACCAUGCGGUUAAUUCUGUAUAAGAAAAUGAUUAUAAUUUAUUCUGAAAAUCACAUGAAAUCCAUAAAACUCUUCUAGGGAAAAAUUCUAGUUUCGAAGUGUCAUAACAAUUGGUAGAAAUAGUAAUCACUGUGCUGAUGUAGGUACUGUCGCGAUAGUUUUCGGGCCGAAAAUCGAACCCAGAACCUUCCAGAGACAAAGCAGUAUUGCUGGCCAUUACACCUAGAUUUUCGGUGACUUUAGCCCUGUUUUGUCUGAGGGAAGUGACUGACAGUACAGCCAGCAUAUCCUUCAUUACCAACGAAUAAAAUUCAUAUUCACUGAAUUUUGCAAUCAUUCCUACUUCAUAUUCGAGAAAUACUGCUUACAUAUCUUGGCCCAGAGGCAAUCUUGUCCGGGUAUUCUUCAUAUUUUUCCCCAUCCCCUCUGAAGAUCAAGAUUAUAUAUAAAAUUAAGUUACGACCACUUAUUUCCACAUUUUUUUAAAUUCAUUAUUCAUUCAUUUUCCCACCAUUCGAUGCUUGUAAGCUACUGAAAAUUUAAUUUUAAAUGAACCAUGCAUGUUUUAGAUCCAGAAAAUCUCACUCAUUAAAAUUUGGUAUGAAUUUUAUACCACCUGGGGUCACAAAGUGAGACUGUUAUGCUUACAAAGAACAUAAAAUAUAUCCUGUAAUGAUAUUGUAAUUAUUCUCAGACACAGAAGCUCGUUUCAGCUGUUUUUAACUUACUUCUAUCUUAUUCGUGCACGCUGUAAAGUGUACGAGAAAUUUCCCACUACGUGUUGCAGUCAGGAGCAGAAAUCGUGUUAACAUUAUGCAGUGUGUUCUAGCUGGGAUAGCACAGUUGCGUAUACAUUUUAUACUGCCAUGGCUGCAUACUGCCUUGUUAAUAGUGUAAAUACAUACAGCCAUUGUUUAAA